AUGUGGCUUUUUCAAUUUUUUUUACUUUUACUAUUACCUUUUUUUGAAGGUAAAGGUUAUUUGAAAAUUAUUUGGUUAAAUUCAAAUUCUCGCAUAUUUUUAGUAUUUCACCUUUCAAAGAAAAUAUCAGAUAUAUUUCCUGAUUCAUCGCUACUAAUUGUUGUUGGCUUAAUACUCGGAGUACUCUUAAAAUUAUCGCAUGUGAACGAGCAAGCAUUUUCAUUACAAGCCAAUGUAUUCUUUCUUUAUCUGUUACCACCUAUUAUAUUUGAAGCAGGUUUAUUUUUAUUGUCCUGCUUUUCUGUUUUUUGUCUUAAAUUCUCCUCAUUGAGACGAUUGACCAUCAAUGCUGUCGACCCAGUUGCGGUGAUUGCUGUUUUUGAAGAAAUUCAUGUUAAUGAAAUGCUAUUUAUAACUGUUUUCGGUGAAGCGCUGUUUAACGAUGGUAUUACUGUAGUUCUUUACCAAAUGUUCAAAAAAUUUACAUUAAUUGGUCCAGAGAACCUAUUACCAAUUGAUUAUAUUGCUGGUGGUGUUAGUUUCUUUGCAAUCGGUCUUGGUGGUGCAGCGAUCGGACUUGUUUACGCCGUUGUUGUUAGCUUCAUUACAAAACAUACGGAAAAAGUAAAAGUAUUAAAUCCGAUUUUUAUAUUUGUAAUACCUUAUUUGGCCUAUUUAACAGCUGAAUUAUUUGGCCUUUCUUCUAUACUUGCGAUAGUAGCUUGUGGCAUGGCAAUGAAGCAAUAUAUUAAAGGGAAUAUAUCGCAUGAAGCCGCUACAUCAGUAAAAUAUUUUACGAAAAUGCUUGCGCAAGCAUGUGAAACAAUUAUUUUUAUGUUUCUGGGUCUAUCAACAAUAGCGAAUCAUCAACAUUGGGACCCAGCGUUUAUGAUACUUACUGUCGUUUUUUGCCUUGUAUAUCGAGUUAUUGGUGUAAUAGUGCAGUGUUUGAUAUUAAACCGAUUUCGUAAAAGGCAGUUUUUAAAAGUCGAUCAGUUUAUAAUGUGUUAUGGUGGACUACGCGGUGCUAUAGCAUUUGGUUUAGUAGUAUCGUUACCUGAUUCUAUAGAAGCUAGAAGUAUGUUCAUUACUGGUUGCAUCACAGUUAUCUAUGUCACUGUUCUAUUUCAGGGAAUAACAAUUCGUCCAUUGGUUAAUUAUCUAAAAAUAGAACGGGAAGCAGGUGAAGAACCAACGAUGAUACAAAGUGUUUAUAUGAAAUAUUUCGAUUAUACCAUGGCAGGUGUUGAAGAUAUUGCCGGACAAAAAGGCCACAAUUCUGUGAGAGAUGCAUUUGAACGUUUAAAUGCGACAAUUUUACGACCACUUUUAAUGAAACAUGAAAAACGCCGUCGUUUUGAUGCAUCAAAAAUCGUCCGGGCUUACACGAAAAUUACUUUAAAAGAAGCGCUUGAAAUGGCUACAGGUGGAGAACUUCCAUAUUUAUCAUCUGAAGAAAACACAGAAGCGUUGUAUCGAAUGUUUAGUAAUUUAUUAGAUCGUAAACUUCAUGAAAUAAAUCAUAAACCGCGGCCGAAAAUCCAUGAAGAUACAGAUAAUAGUGAUAUUGAAGACGAUUUCUUAACGAAAUUUAAAAAAAGCAAUGAAGUAAGUUUGUUUCUCUAA